UAGGUAUGGAACGAAGAUACAGUGAAGCACUAGUCAAGCUGUAUCAAGUCAUCCGUUGGGUUGGUCAACAAAGGUCGUUGACUUGUCUCGUUCACUUGGGUGACCUCGUCGAUGGCAGCGCAACAGAACAACAGACUAGGAAAGAAUAUUCUCAAGUGUGUGCUGCUUUUGAUGAUUGUAAAGUGCCGGUGCUUCAUGUGGUUGGCAAUCACUGUUUGGAUGUCUCACGUGAUGUUUUGAAAGAGUUGUUUCCGUCGACUCGUUUUUAUUAUCGUUGGGAACCACACGAUGAUUGGUGUUUUCUGUUUUUGGAUUGUUUAGAAAUCAGUUGUAAAGGUGCCAUCAAUGAACACUAUCAACAGGAAGCACAACAUUAUUUGGAAACACAGCAACAACAACCUCGUGCAACGCGUUGGAAUGGUGCCAUAUCAUCCACUCAGUUGGAGUGGUUAGAGAAUGAGUUGCAACAUUGUCAACGAAAAGUGAUUGUAAUGGGUCAUAUUCCAUUGGUUGAAGAAGCUUCCGAUGCUGCUCAUUUGGUAUGGAAUGCGGAACAAGUAUUGGAUAUUUUACAUCGCUAUCAUCAUUUAGUGAUAGCCUAUUUUGCUGGUCAUUAUCAUCGAGGAGGCUAUGCUGUGGAUGCUUAUGGGUUGCAUCACGUCACUUUUCCAGCCAUUUGUGAUGCUCCAGCUCACCAAAAUGCUUGGGCCAAGAUUCGUUGUGAACCCCAUCGAAUCGUUAUUCAAGGUUAUGGAACUGUUCCUAGUCAAACAUGGACAUGGUCACCUUGUAAAAUAUCAACCCAAUAAUCAUUCCUCCAUAACCACUCAAUAUCAU